AGGGUUUCGCGCAUUCCCUCCUCGCACCUUCGAACACAGUCUCGCUUUGGUUGACCAUCAUCCAUACCCGCCCAUCAUAUCAUUUGCUGGAACAUCCACAAGCGGCUCUGGCCUUAACAGCAGCGCAACAUGGCUAUCCUGGGGGUCUCGUACACACUUGCCAAGCAGGCCCUUUGGCUGCUUUUGCCUGGGCUGCUUGUGCUAUUCAGUUAUCGCGUUUUGUCCCAUCCACUGCUGCAAUACCCGGGCCCACUCCUCGCAAAGCUCACGGAUGGAUAUAAUGGCUUCUACGCCUUGUUAAUGCGUCUACACUUGGCUGUGACACGAGAUCAUGACAAGUACGGCCCGGUGGUUCGACAGGGCCCGAACAAGCUUGUCUUCAACACGGCCAACGCCCUCCAAGAGAUCUACAACAAUGACCGAGUCACAAAGUCCCAUGUCUACACUGUGCUUCUUCGCGCCAAGACUAACCCCCACGUCUUCAACUGCAUUGACAAAACGCUGCAUCGCGAGAAGCGAAAGGUCGUCAGUAAAGCUAUCACCGACCAGGCGAUCCGUGAUUUUGAGCCUACUAUGAGUUCACAGAUUGAUAUAUUCCUCCAACAACUGCUAUCAUCCAUCCCGCACCAUGAGCCGGUCAACAUGUCCCAGCGCUGCAAGCGCCUAGGAUUUGACAUAGUUGGCCUACUAGCCUAUGGAUACGAACUUAACGUCCAGACACAAGAUCAGUACCAAUUCAUGCUGAAGGGACUCGUUGCUGGAAAUUAUAAAAGCAAUGCAUUCAUGCAGUUUCCAUUGCUGAAACAGCUGGGCCUCGAUGCCCUACUGCAUGGAUUGAGCAAUUCCAGUCGGAAUCGUUUUCUUGGGGUCAUCAAUGAGAUGGCUAGCACACGUCUCGCGCUCGGAAGAAACGCCAGAAAAGAUCUCGUUUACUUCGUGGCCGAAGGAUCCGAGGGUAGCUCGCUUGAUGAUAGUCAGCUUCGAGAGCUACUGUAUUCUGAAGGCCUAUUCUUCUUCCCGGCGGGUGGAGAUACAACGGCCACCGCACUUAGUGCGUUGUUCUUUUACCUGAGUCGCAACCCGGGCCCCUACAGCAGACUCGCGGAGGAGAUUCGUGAAACCUUUAAAAGUGACCCUGAAAUUCGUGGGGGGCCCAAGCUCUCAGGGUGCCGUUACCUUCGCGCGUGCAUUGACGAAGCUCUGCGCAUGUCCCCGCCGGUCUCCGGUGUGCCAUGGCGAGAACUUGCCAAGGGGAAGGAUGAUCCAAGAAGAGGUGAGCCGCUGAUCGUGGAUGGGCACUUUAUACCCGCCGGAACUCAAGUAGGUGUCUGUACGUACGCGCUUCAUCACAACAAAAAGUAUUUUCCAGAGCCAUUUGCCUUCCGACCGGAGCGAUGGCUCGUGGAGGAGUCAGGGGAGAAAGCGUUGGCGGAGAUGCGCUCCGCAUUCGCGCCGUUCUCGAUUGGCCCACGCGCAUGUGCUGGAAAGUCCAUGGCAUAUUUGGAGGCCAGCCUAGUGAUAGCGAGGACUCUGUGGUUCACAGACUUCGAAACGGCUCCAGGAAAGCUUGGGGAGGGGGGUGCCGGGAAAGCCGGGUCUAGCGGUAUAAGGGAUCGGCCAGAGGAGUUUCAGCUUUAUGAUAUCUUCUCAGCCACCCACGACGGUCCUAACUUGUUGUUCAGCUACCGUGGGGAUCACUGGAAGGAGGCUAGGGGGAAAAAUGCCUCAGCUGUUGGCGAUGGACCUCAUUAGAACCAGUCACACUCUCGAUGAGAGUCGCUUGUUCGAGAGGGACCUCACAGAUUC